AUGAACUUGCAAUACCCUGCCAUCAUCCUCCUCCUCCAACUAGUAAGUCUUACUCAUUUAGCCAAAUCACAUGAACUCUUGCCAACCCCCAAACCAUGGCCAGAACAGUUCCAUUCACUUCUAUACACAAACCUGUCAACCAAUCGCCUCCUAAUCAGCAACAUGUGGUAUGAUUGGCCAAAGGGUCGAAAUGUGUACACCAGACAGCAACAACUUGAUGUGCUUCUAUAUGUAAUUGAAUGGAACAAUGGCACCACAGUCUACUACUCCCUUGGGGCAAAUGCAACCUGCGACAAUAUCUACUUCGGAAUCGGAAUCCCGAGACCGGACUUUCUCGACGGAGCAAAUUAUCUGGGGACCGCGGUAGCUGAUGGAUUUCUGUGUAAUGUUUGGGAGAAGGUUGAGUUUAUAGUGUACUACGAGGAUGUGCUCACAAAGAGGCCAGUCAAAUGGGACUUCUCAGAUGGAAUUUCUACACACAUGAUUACCUUUGAUGUUGGAGAAGUGUUGCCUGAUUCAGUGAUUCAAGCUCCUGAUUACUGUUUUAACCAGAACAAAGACAUGGGAACCAUGAGAGCAAAUCCUAGCAGCAGAUACAUGGCAGAGCUUCAUUUGAUGGGAGAACCACAUUGGGAUGCUUGA